UCCGGUCAACAUGCAACAGUGAGUCGAGAAACAGCAAAGAAAACUCAAACCAUGCACAAUUGAUUUCAAAGACCAAAUGGUAAGAACUCAUUGUCACAAACAUAAAUUCAUGCUCAUUCUUGUUAAUAAAUACAAAAGCUUAUAAAUUGAUUGGUUCUCUUCUUUUUUAUUUUGGAUUUUACAAAACUAUUGAUCGAUAGAAUAAUGGGUUAUUAUUAUUAUAAUUAUUCCAUAUUGUGUGUUGUUUUGUUUUUAUCCAUUCAAAUUUCUUUGGCUUCUUCAACUGAAGAUCAAAAGAGAGAUAAGAUAACUGAGUUACCAGGACAACCAAAGAAUGUUGGAUUUGAUCAGUAUUCAGGUUAUAUAACUGUGAAUGAACCGAAUGGAAGAGCACUUUUUUACUGGUUGACUGAAGCACCACUGAGUAGCGAACCCGAUUCAAAGCCACUAGUUCUAUGGCUUAGCAAUGGUCCCGGUUGUUCUGCUAUUUCUUACGGUGCGGCCGAAGAAAUUGGCCCUUUUCAUAUUAAGCCCGAUGGCAAAACACUUUACUCAAAUCCCUAUGCUUGGAACAAACUGGCAAAUAUAUUGUUCCUUGAGUCUCCUGCUGGUGUUGGUUUUUCUUAUUCUAAUAAAACAUCAGAUCUUUACACAUUUGGUGACAAGAAAAACGCUGAGGAUUCAUAUAUUUUUCUUGUUAAUUGGUUGGAAAGAUUUCCUCAGUAUAAGCAUAGAGAACUCUACAUUGGUGGGAUAAGUUAUGCAGGUUAUUAUGUUCCUCAAUUGGCUCAAAUUGUUUACGAGAGAAACAAGGGAAUCAAUAAUCCAGUUAUCAAUCUUAAGGGAUUCUUGGUUGGAAAUGGUGUUAUUGAUGAUUAUCAUGAUUUAGUCGGAACAUUUGAGUACUGGUGGACACAUGGUUUGAUUUCAGAUUCUACGUAUAAACUUCUAGGAACUGCGUGUGACUCUGGAUCUUCUUUGCAUCCAUCAGCGCAAUGUACGCAGGCUCGUAAAGUUGCAACUGCUGAGCAAGGAAACAUCGAUCUAUAUAGCAUUUAUUUUCCGCUUUGUAACAAUACAUCAUCGCCAUGGAUGUCUAGAGUAGAUGAUCCAUGUUUCCAAACGUAUUCUGAUUUGUAUUUCAACCGUCCGGAAGUUCAAAAGGCACUCCAUGCCAAUGUAACAGGGAUUCCAUAUACAUGGAAGGGAUGCAGUGAUAUUGUUGGGAAUAAUUGGGGUGAUUCGGCGUUGUCUGUGCUUCCUAUAUAUCGUGAACUUAUCAAUGCUAGUCUAAGGAUAUGGGUAUUCAGUGGAGACGCUGAUGCUAUAGUACCACUAACCGCCACUCGGCGUUCUAUUAAUGCAUUGAAGCUUCCAACCAUCGUGAAUUGGUAUCCUUGGUAUGACAGUGGCAAGGUUGCUGGAUGGAGUCAAGUUUAUAAAGGGCUAACAUUGGUGACAGUAAGAGGAGCUGGACAUAAGGUUGCUUUUCAUAAGCCUCGCGAGGCGUUUACUCUUUUUAAAUCAUAUUUGGAGAACAAGAACAUGCCAUCCUCAACUUGAUCAGAUGCAUUCUAAAGAAUAACUUCAAUGUUCAUAUAUAAAUACAUGGAACAGCAGGCGGAUACAGAAUAAGGAAUGCAUUUCUAAUGAGUUCCAUCUUGAAUAAAUGUACCCAUACCAAUAUUUACAUAUAAAAUAAGACCCUUUUGAGAAUGCACAUAAUAAUUUAAAGUGAGCUAGUUGAAUGAAUUAAACAAGCCAUAGUUAAUAAUGGGUCAGGUUGAUGUGUAGAAGGUAUAUCCUUAUGCACGGUGCAUAAGUUUCUACGAGUAAUAUUUAAUUUGUUUCGAGUAACAUUUUUAUUAGAAACGAGUAAUAAUAUCAUAAUCUAUAAAUAAU